ACCGUGCCGUACGGUGUCACCGCGGCCUUCACGGGGCUGCAAGCGGGGCUGCUGGUGGGGUUGUGGGCGCUGGUGAGCUGGGCGGGGGUGGCGGGGAUCGCCUUCCCGCUGCCCAUCAUGGCGCUGGUACCGCUGAGGCGCUACGUGUUGCCCAGAUUCUUCAAGCCGGCCUACCUAGCGGAACUGGAUGCAGCGGAGUACGAACAAGCGCCACCGCUGCCACCGCCGCCGCCGUUGCCACCACCGCCGCCGCCGCUGGCGACAUCGCCGACACAGGUGCCGCACGGAGGCGCCUCCUCCUCUGCCCUGCUGCCGCCGCCUCAGCAACCUGAUGUUGUUGCUGCUGCUGCUAUGGGUAGCCUAGCCACGGCAGUUCCCGCCGCCGUGCCGUACGGUGACAGCGAGGAAUUAUCGGAUGAGCGGGAGGUUAUCGAGCAUGAACAUUUGGGCGGGCAGGUGCUGCAUCACUUGACGCGCGGGGAGCUGCGCCAGCGGGUGCGAAGGGUGUCGCUGGAGGUGUUGGGUGAGCGUGAAGUGCGCGAGGGACUUGGUGGAUGUGUGGAUGCGGGUGGUCAAGCAAGGAGCAGUGACCAAGUGUGAGGCUUGGUGGGGAAGUGGAUAUGAAUGAAUGACGCCAAACGUAUGAUGAGCAUGCAACUGGUUAGACAGGAAUUGUUGUUAAUUUGAGUGAUGCAGGUGAGUAUUCUGCAGACGAAUCUUGAUUACAAGAGGAAGGCUUGCUUUAACGAACGUAAGGGAUGGACCGAUGAUGGAAGGUGUCAUGUAGAGGACAACGCCGUUGCCUCUGUCAAACAGGCGUGGGGUACAGCCAAACCAAGUGUACGCUUUAAGCUUGGGGGUGCCAAGUUACUAGAUGAGCAGUCAACGUCGUCUUUGCUUGCUCGUCCGCGUCGCGCAGGGG